AUGGAAACAGGGUGUGCCGCAAGGACAAAUGGCGUGGCUGGGAACCAAGAAGAUGUGACUUGUCCAUCCCCCUCUAAGAAACAGGGAGAGGAGCUGAAGAAGUCCACCAGUCCCAGUGGGGGUGAGAAGGAAGGUGCCAAAAGCACCGGCAGUCCUUCUCUGGAGACGGGGAAACUGAAGAGCUCCAUCUACUCGGGGACUGACUGGAAGAGGCCGAUCAUCCAGUUUGUGGAGUCAGACGAGAAGAAGUCAUCCUACUUCAGCAUGGAUUCAGGGGACGGGAAGAAGCUAUCAUACCCUGGGGUGCAGCUUGGGGAUGUGAGUCGGCCCCCCAUCUCCUUUGUAGACAAAGGGGACUUGAGGAAACCGCUCUUCAUGGCAGAGUCGAAAAAGACCUUCUUCUCCAGCGAAGGAGAGGGCAGGAGGUCAUUGUACUCAGGCGGGCAGAUAGGGGAUCUGAAGAAGCCCUCCCUCCCUCCGGUGGAGACAGGGGACCUGAAGAGACCUAGCUACAACACGGCCAACAGAGUGCCCGGGUCGAGACCCCGGGUGAAGCUGGAGGAGGUCCUGUGCGACUCCUGCAUCGAUAACAAGCAGAAGGCGGUGAAGUCCUGCCUGGUGUGCCAAGCUUCCUUUUGCGAGCUGCACCUCAAGCCCCAUCUGGAGGGGGCUGCUUUCCGGGAUCACCAGCUGCUGGACCCCAUCAAGGACUUUGAAGCCAGGAAGUGCCCAGUGCAUGGCAAGACCAUGGAGCUGUUCUGCCAGACAGACCAGAUGUGCAUCUGCUACCUCUGCAUGUUCCAGGAGCACAAGAACCACACCACAGUGACGGUGGAGGUUGAGAAAUCGGGGAAAGAGGCCGAGCUCUCGCUGCAGAAGGAGCAGCUGCAGCUGAAGAUCAUAGAGGUAGAAGAUGAAGUGGAUAAGUGGCAAAAGGAGAAGGAUCGCAUCAAGAACUUCACCACCAACGAGAAAGCCACCGUGGAUCAGCAUUACAAAGAGCUGGUCCGCGACCUGGAGAAGCAGCGGGAUGAGGUGAAGGCUGCCCUGGAGCAGAGGGAAAAGACCGCGGUGGAGAACAUAAAAGAAAUCGUGGAGGAGCUAGAAGAGAGGGCAAAGCUGCUGCAGGAGGACAAGGAGACCAGGGAGCAGAUACAUCAGAUCAGCGACUCGGUGCUCUUCCUGCAGGAAUUUGGCGCAAUGAUGAGGAACUAUAUCGCCCCGCCAUCUCUCCCGACUUACAGCGUCUUGCUGGACGGGGACACCAUGAGCCCGUCGAUGGGGCUCCUCCGGGAUGAUCUGCUGAAUGUCUGCAUGAGACAUGUGGAGAAGAUCUGCAAGGCAGACCUCAGCCGGAACUUCAUAGAGAGGAAUCACAUGGAGAAUGGUGAUCACCGCUACAUGCUCAAUAACUACGAGUGGAACCAGCCUGACAACGUGAAGAGAUUCUCCAUGUACCUGACUCCAAAAGCCAAUUUCAACAACCGAGCGUGGGAAUAUUCCUCCUUCCAAAAUGCAGAGGAGACACUUGGCAUUGGUAACUCGGCUUUCUCAAUGAAAGUGGGCAAUGGAACUAAGAUGCCAUAUCAGUUCUCCCAGAUGGGGCAAAGUUCACCUGGUGACUUCAGCAAACAGUCCGACGGCAGCCUCUUCACUAAGACUGCUUACCCUGCAAUAGUGAGACACCAAGCUACAAAGGUGCAGCCGCAGACAUGGAAAUCUUCCAAGCAGUCCAUGCUGUCACACCACCGCCCCUUUUACGUCAACAAAGGCAACGGAUUCACUUCAAAUGAGGCACCUUGA